CGUGACAUCGCUUCUUGUUCUCUCGUUAGUACAUGGCAUCGGAGGUGGUGACACAACGACUGCACAUCUCCGGACUCACACCGUCCAUCACGCCCUCUGACAUCCACCGCAGGCUCUCUGCAUUUGGGUCAGUCAAGUCCUUGGAUGGAUUCGGAAAAUUAGAUGCACUGGGUGACCCGAGACCAUUUGCAUAUGUCACGUUGGAGGGCAAGGAAAAGGAUAUCGCUAAAUGUAUGAAUGUACUCAGCGGGUCCACAUGGAAGGGAGCAAAAUUGCGUAUCGGAGAGGCAAAACCAGAUUAUCACCAACGCAUCGCCUAUGUCAACUCCCUUUCACCUCCUCCACCUCGCACUCCCCGCUUAAAAAGACGCCAACUCGCCUUCCCAUCCACCACACUGCCACUCGAUACACCCCUCUCCCGUAAUGACGCAGCGAAAACACCAGGCUGGGUCGUUUUACCUUCUGGAAGGGUUGUUAGACCUAUGAGGAUGAGGCCUCUGCGACCCUUGGAACCGACACGAGCUAUGGGAGGUUGGCAGGGAACUCGGGGAAAGACGGGUAAGAAGGCGAAGAAGAAAAAGGUCCCGCCGUUACGGGCACGUAGACGCUUGAUCGACCCAACAAAAUGGGACUCGACCUAUCUGACAGGCGCGUUUUUGGAAACGCUCGUCGUCCCCUCUGUUUCUUCUCUUCCUUUUGGGUCUGCAGCCCAGCCCACCGAGCUCGAGUCUGACGAAGAGGAAUGCAAUGGUGAAUACGUCCCCUCUCAAAAUUCUUCCAACAUCAUCCUUGAAGGUCAACCACCUUCACAAACCACUCCCACUCCCACUGCCAACUUCUCCAACCCUAGAUUUGGUACAGACGUGAACAUCGACAUCCGCAAAGAAACAUCCGCUGCACUUACGCUCCUCAACACGAUAUUCGGAGAGACGGAUGAGUGGGGACGGACGCGAGAGCGUUGACGAAUUUGGCGGUAUAGAUGAUGGUCCCGGUGAUCAUUCCGCAAUGGUCGUUGAUGCGGGUGUGGGUGAAGUAGGUGAAGG